AUGAACGCAGAAGCAAAGAAGAAAGUGGAUGUGCUAUCAGAAGAACUGCUGCCAUACAUCAUAGCAGAACAGGAGCGGCGCACGAGCCUCUACAAGCGAGUUAUGACCGCCAUUCAGAACGGAGAGAAGGGGGUUACUAUUGCGGAGAUACGGAACAAACCUCCCCUCAUUAUUAGGAAAGGUCUCAUGUUCCGCUGCCCAGCAAACCACGUGCCGAAGGAGCCCGACGGUUCGGGCAUCAUCAUGUGCGAGAACGAUAUUGAGCCUACCCCCGUCAUGUAUGAUUCGUGCCUCAGUGCGGAGGACAAGGACCUCUAUGUCGCUGACAAUAAGUACUUCUUUUGCAACCGGCACAAAGUGGAGGGCCCGGACCUGCCUCGCAACGGGUCGGUGGUCAUCGGCUGCGCGCCCGCAGAACGGACCUCGCUCAACUACACCAGCUCGAAGUGUGCGCUAGAAGACACUGAUGACGUGGUGGUGCACUACAGAUACUACCCCGAUAGGACGUACAGAUUCGUGACAGAAUUGGACCCGGAUCGAGAGGUGUGCGAUCACUGGAACCCCUGUCAAAUAGGCUACAUCUACAGCUUACCUUCUCCUGAUCAAGCCUUGCAAGCCAACGAGCUAUGGCGUGAGUAUCAAGCCUUGUCACCUGUACCAAACAACAAAAAUUGUUCAUGCUAGAAUGAACAACUUUCGUCUUCGAAUCGUUUGCGUAUUCGACAAAAUUCGAUACUCAACCUUCGAAUUAAAUGAUAACGUGACAAUUUUGAUUCUCAAAAUAAGUUUCGUGCAACUAUUUCUCAUACUAAGUUCACUUUACCACUUAUUCUGUGACUUUACGACACGUUUACAAAGGCGCUGUUGUAGUUUUCGUACUAAAUCUUUUGAUGGCAAUUCGAAUACGCAAACGAUUCGAACUCG